CAGUUGGUAAUGGUAUCUGAAAGAUGCAUGCGCAGUCUGCCUGGCUUUUCUUCAUUCGUUUUAUUUCGAUUCGAUUCGUAUUGGAUUUGAUUGUGUUGUGUGCAAUUAUUUGAGUGACUUUUUUUCAAACUAAAAAAAAAAAAAUAUAUACUAAUCCUAAUGUAUCUAUCUCUCUAUACAUACAUUAUUGUUUAUUAAGAACAAAACAAUAAAUAUUUUGUUUAAAAAUUAAAACAAAACUUGCAAAGUGAUAACUCCCUUUUUUUUUUAUUCAAACAAAAAAAAAAAAAGAUCCUCUAAAGUACCUUUUCAAAAAAAAAAAACAAAAAAAGUAAAAAAAAAAAAAAUACUUGUGUAUUGGCUAACCAGAUCAACUUUCACAAAGUGCCUUGCCAGUGUUGUAUCUUGUAUUUCUUUAUGUAUAUAGAACGCGAAAAUAGUGCCUACGUUGAUCAACAAAGAAAAUAAGCGAUCUCGAACUCUAUCAAUAUAGAUACUUUGGAGCAUGAAUUAUGGUGUAGUCUGUAGUGUUUUUACGGAUAAAAUUUUUAUACAUUCACAUAGCUGAAUGAGAGAGAAACCUAGAAUGUUGAUGCUGCAAUAUAGUAAACAUGGAGAGUGUAUUCUCAAAGAAAUUAAAGCUGCUUUCCGAGGUGAACACCCGGCUGAUUUAUUAAUUGUUUGUGAAAACAAAGUAACUCUACAUGCCCACAAAUUGGUCCUUGCGGCUGCCAGCCCUUUGAUAAGGAUGCUCCUUGAAGAAACACAAUUUUUAGACUGCACCACAACAGUUUACUUCCCCGAUGUCAAUGCAAAUUACUUUCGGUCCCUAUUGGAUUUUUUGUAUUCCGGACAAACUUGUAUACCCUCAAACGAUAUAAACUAUUUGCAUGAUCUCUUACUUUUAUUACAAAUUAAGUCCGAUUAUUUGAAAACUUGCGAUUCUCAAUAUCUAAAUGUAGCUAAACACGAAAAUGAAAUCGAAUUAUACAGCUCUUCUUACUGCAGCAAGGAUAUCCGACGAAAAAAACGACUAUCAAAAACAGAACCACCCCCAUCUCAAAAUUCAGUUAAAUGGGAAAACCUGAGCGAUGAAUGCAAAAAAGAGGGAAGGAAAUCGAACCCAUCCAGAGAGCAUCUCAAUGACCGGGCGGAUCGGGCGAGUGAAAAAUCUCUUGGACCGGAGGAAAAAAGAUGUGAAGAACCCUUAUUUGACAAAACAGCACCGACACGAACUGAAAUAUCUGAAAAUCGAAACUUGAACAUUAUAGGCGAACGAAGAAUGUCAUCCGAUCCCGUCAAUCUAUCACUUGGAACACGAAAUAUGGACGAAGAAUCUGACUCACACACACAGCCAAACGAUGAAAAAAUAAAUCUACUAUGCAAAGGCCAAGAGAAAAAGAAAGGACUAUCACUUCUACCGGACUCAGAGGUUCUCAAACAAUUACCCGACCAUCAGCUUUUACAAAACUCUCCAGAAGAUUACGUUGUUACACCGCACAGAAAACGCCGACCAGGUUUUCAUAAUUCGCCUAGUCAAAACCAGCCUUUUCUUCCGUACCAUCCUAUGAUAAUGGAUGAGUUGAGCUCACAAAAAUCGUCUUCCACAUACACAUCCGAAAGAAAUAUGCUAAAUUCGUCAGCAAGAAGUCUCAUCAACACCGAAGACCUAUUUGUAUACAACCACAAAAAUGUCGGAGCGAAUCGAGAGAAAAUGACAAGUCCCGACCAAAACUUACAAAUCAGCUCACCGUUCAUAUACCAGUGGCAAUCUUCCCACAAUUCAACUGCGUCAUCUCAAAUCGAUAUGUCAUCACCCAAUAUGAAUAUGUCGACGUUGGGUUGUAAAAUUGAUCCAGCUGAGGCUGACGGGCCCAAUUCCAGUGUCAGAAGCAGUGCAACAUCCGCAAAUCAAAUAUUCAGCAACAGUGCGGGCAGUAGCACAGUGCGAGAAUAUCGAUGCGAAUAUUGCGGUAAACAGUUUGGCAUGUCGUGGAAUCUGAAAACUCAUUUGCGAGUUCAUACGGGAGAAAAACCGUUUGCAUGUAGACUUUGCGUAGCAAUGUUCAAACAGAAAGCCCAUCUUCUUAAACAUUUGUGUUCUGUCCACCGUAAUAUAAUAAGUUCAACAAAUGACUCCGAAACAAUAAAAGCCUAUAGCUGUUGUUUCUGUUCAAUGGGAUUUGAAUCAGUGCAAGAGCUCAUAAGACAUUUGUCAGGCCACCACAAUAAUCUACUUUUAACGAAAAAUUUAAGAGAUUAAGUUGUAUAAUAUAAAAUUAUAAUUAUUAUUAUACCUUCUGUU